AUGUUCAAGCGGCUCCAGGACAGAUGGAAGCGCUUCGAAGAGUGGGUCGACGAAGAUGACGUUCCUGGAGCAACGCCCCAAACAGAAUCGCCUUCGCAAACCCCGCCAACAACCCAACUUGAAGCCCAGCCUGUCGCCGAUGACGAGCCUGAGCCAGACCUAGCUGAGGCGUACUGCUACACCAAUGAGACAACCACAUCUCCUUACACUUACACACCACUCUCGCCAACCAUCAAAUCCGCAAUUCGAGUGCUGACACUCCUCCCCGGACGCGCCGACGCAGAUAUCGAAUGCCAGCUCAUCGAGCUCGACCUGAACAACCCAUGGACAGACGAUGACGAGGGCUUCGAAGCUCUCUCCUACGUCUGGGGCGACAUCACCGACACGACCCCGAUCCAAAUCGACGGUGCCACCAUCCAAAUCGGCAGAAGCCUCCGCAGUGCCCUCCUCCACUUGAGAUAUUUCAACAAACCCCGCAUUUUGUGGGUAGACGCAGUAUGCAUCAACCAGGAGGACAUGGACGAGCGCAACAGCCAGGUCAUGCUAAUGGGCGAGAUUUACUCCAAAGCCGCGCGUACUCUGGUCUGGCUGGGCUGUCCGUGUUGUCUGCUCAGCGUGCUGGGGCGUAGCCGUGGAGUUUACCAGCAAGGACAGUGGGAGAAGCAGCUAGUCGCUAUCGGGCCCCUGUUCCAAUCGAUCGAGAUCUUGGGCACUGAGGCCCGGAAGCUCGCUGAAGAGGGCCGAGAGGUUGUUCCAAAGAAGGGCGAGAUUGACGAGGACGGGAAAACAACCUAUGACAAGAUUCGCAAGUUGGAUCCACAGUGGAAUUUCAUAUUCCGCGAAAAUUCAUGGUGGACUCGCAUUUGGACGCUUCAAGAGAUUGUGCUUGCCAAAGAGGCACGUCUCUGCAUGUACGACCAGGAAGUCGACUGGGACCUGUUGGUGGACGCGAUGCCCUAUUACAGCGCCCUGGGGUUUAACAAGUUCACUGUGAUCUACGCCGGUACCAAGACCAACACUGGUCUUGAGCCGUUUAAUAUGGUGAACGCAAUGAGAGAAGCUAGGGAACCUGGAUCAGACCUCGUAACGGGCGAUGUCGGAGACGAGUUUCUUUAUUAUUUGAGCUUAUCGCACUGGCGGGAUUGUGGUGUUGCCCAUGACAAGAUCUACGCCCUCCUGGGUCUUUUUAGCCAGGAAAGCGACGUGGGUAUUGAAGUGGACUACCGUUCUGAUGCUGAGGAUGUCUACCGCAGCGCCACGAAAGCCUUGUUGCAACAAUCCAAAAGUCUUGAUGCCCUUGGAUUCUGCUACCCAUACAAGAUCCCAAGGGUCAGCGGCCUUCCGUCCUGGCUUCCCGACUGGGGCUCCGCUGGAAACCUUGCCAUGCCGCUGAUGAAUGACGCAAAAGGAGAACUUCGAGCCACGCAUGCCUCACGAGGCCUUCCAACCAAGCUCCGGUGGGAAGACGACGACAGGACUCUUGUGGUUGACGGGCACAUCAUCGACGCUAUCACCAAGCUCAGUAGCAUCCAGGUAUCACCCGCACACGACGACCGCAAUGAAGGAUCCCUCGAUCACAUGCUGAACGACCCUGUGAUGCACGCCGAAGCGGAUAAAUCGCCUCAAACAUGGGACGAGCUGGACCCCGAUCGACCCAUUCGACAUUUGCUAUCUUCAUGGACAAGGGGAGCAAAACUAGGUGCAUCCUUUCUCAGCAAGGCACUCUUUCAUGUUUUGUCAAAUAUUGUGGAGAUAAGGGAGACAUAUCUCGAGUGGGAGAAUUUCGCCCGUUCCGAACUUGGUGAAAACAUCGAUCAUCGCCACAUCUUCAGGGACACAGUGACGACAUCCACAGCUUGUCCUUUGGAGCCAGCCCUGUUUGAUGCCCGCUUUGAUGGGUGGCUGAAGGCGGUGAAGUCGGUUGAGAAAUUCAAAAAAGCAAAACUUGAUCAGUAUGCAAAAAAGACAUAUCUAUCUGUGACCGGGUUUAGUGCCAUCAUCAACACAGAGGAUGACGACCUCCCCGAGCCUUUUACGGCGUAUUUAUCGCAUGCCCCCCGCAGACGUCUUGGGAUCACCGCCGGGAAGCGACUAUGCUUGCUGCCCAAGAUGACUGAGGUUGGGGACAAGGUUGUUCUACUUCGCGGUGGCAGAGUGCCGGUGAUCUUGCGCCAGAGAGAAGAUAGUUCGAUGCAGUUUGUGGGUGAGGCCUAUGUGCAUGAUGCGAUGGACGGCGAGGCGUUUGACGAGGACAAGUGUGUUGAUUUUAGGUUAACGUGA